AUGUCCCAGUCCGGUAUUCAACAACCAAUCUUCAUGCCGUUCGAGGGCAAUCUUCCAGAGUCGGCCUCAACUUCUCCUCCAGCUGCAGAUCCUACCGAUCUUCUCCGUAUGAUUGCUGAAGCUAGUGCUCAGAACGGCUAUGGAGGAGUUGAUGACUUACCGAAGGCUACGCUAGAACGUCUUCUGAACUCGGCUAGUGGUGAUUUAGAGGUUGCAGCUAGUAUAGCUUCAUCAACGAGCACGACUACAAGUCCUGAACAGUUUGCAAAUCUUCAUGUAAGCGCUUUUGGUUUGCCGACUGAUUUUGCUCAAUUCACUGAUUUCGGAACUGUAGCCAUGAGGAAUUCAUCUAAAACAUUGAAAUGUCCGAAGUGUAAUUGGCAUUAUAAAUAUCAAGAAACAUUGGAAAUUCAUAUGAAAGAAAAACAUUCAGAUUCCGAUUUACAAGUUAAAUGCGUUUAUUGUGCUGAAAAUCGUUCUCAUCCCAAAUUAGCUCGUGGUGAAACAUAUUCUUGUGGAUAUAAGCCUUAUCGAUGUGAAUUAUGUAAAUAUAGUACAACUACCAAAGGAAAUUUAAGCAUCCAUAUGCAAUCCGAUAAACAUCUUCACGCCGUUCAGGACUUACCAACUAAUAUUGCCAACUUAUCAUGCACACCAUCAUCCGUCUCAUCAGCACCUGUAGUCGAUAGUGAUAAACUAUUUAUAUGUAUAGUAUGCGGAUGUUAUUCAACUGAUGAUAUCAAUGAAGUCAUUGGACAUGUUGAAAAGGAUCGUUCACGAUCUUCCAUGAUAGACGUUUCUGUAUCAAAUGGUUUAUUUCGUUGCCAUUUAUGUCCAUAUAGCACUAAUCUCAAGGCUAAUUUCCAAUUACACACAAGGACUGACAAACACCUGCAACGUGUUCAGAUGAUCAAUCAUAUACGUGAAGGAUCUCCAGCCAAUAGCGCUCAUUGUCGAUUAGCAAGCACAAAGAGCAUCUUUCAAGUUCUCUGUCGACCCUGUCAAGAAGUUCUUUCCAGUGGACAAGCUUUACGGGAUCAUUGCGACACAAUUCUUCAUCGAACGAAUUCUCGUCAGCCAUUGACUCUCUUCCGAUGCCAAUUGUGCUCGUUUGAGACUCAAAGUAAAUCAGAGGCUAUAGGACACAUGACCUGCCACGAGCCUGCAACUUGGCCGAAAGAAUCAGUAUUAGAUUUCAAUGCUCUAGAUAUGGAAGAGGAUGCCGCCUAUGCUUGUGCUAGCUGCGGUUUUACAGCAAAAGAAGCUUCGACACUUGAAGAACACGCCAAAACACACGAAGAAGGCGAGCUCUGUCCCUUAUGCAACGAGCGUACAAGCAUCUUAACGGAUCAUCUGAUUCAAGAACACAAAAUUGCCGAAUCUGCUGUGGACAAGCUUUUGCAAGUCCAUCAAACGGACUCGGCUAAUUCACCAUCAGCAUUUACCUAUCGCUGCUCCAAUUGUAAUAUGGCAUUCAAGAGUGAAGCAUCAUUACAAUCACAUGCAAUCAUUCAUUUAUUCCAACUUAGUUAUAAAUGUCCAGUUUGUCCAACAGUCUGUGAUAAUGCUCAAGAAUUAAAGAAUCAUACUGAUACUAAGCAUGGACGUUCGGAUGAAUCUGAUGAAAUUUCAUGUGAUUUAUGUCAAGAGACCUUCCCUAAUCAGACAGCUCUUGUGGCUCACUUCAAUUCUGUUUCACAUUUGCAUAAAGCUAAAAAGCAAUUGGAACAAGGAUCGGUGGAUUUAAGUGCUCAGGUUCUUGCCUCUCUGAACGCUCCCUCCAGUCCGGGAUCUGAACGUAAACCAUACAAGUGCAACGUGUGUCGAAUCAGCUACGGUCAAGGAGCCACAUUGGACAUUCAUUUAAGAUCUGUUGCUCAUCAGUCUCGUAUGGGAAAAUUGUCGGAAUUAGUUGCUUCUGGAGAAGUAGAUUGUCUGAAGCCUGUACUUGAACAACCUGGACUUCCUAUCCAAAAACUUAUAAAAGAUGUGAUCAGCAAAGAUGAUAUUGAGGCUGCAAGUCUGGUUGGUGUAGCCACGGCUAGCGGAUCUGGAAGUGGAGGAGCUUCUUCAUCAGCUGCAAGCCAGCAGCAUAACGUGAUGACGAUGCUUAAUCUAAUGAACAUGCUCAUGGGUCAGAAUCCUUCCAAUCUCACAAUGCCCUUUUCAGGAAUGUCAGGAGAUGAAAGCUCAACUAAUGAUUCAGAGGAAGACCUUCUGCAACCAAUCACCAGCACCCAGUUAUUACAAAUGAUGAAGAAAUACGGAUUAGAUAAGCUAACUAGUAUAACAUCUGAACUGUUACUAAAAUUCCAUCUGAUCGUAUCGAUUCCGGAUGAAAAAAUUGCCAGUCUUGCCCAAGUUGAUUGUUCAUCCUGUGGAGAAACUUUGCCGUCUUUACUUGCUUUAAGUCAACACUUUUCUGAACAACACGCAAACUCUUCUAUUCCGGAAUCAACGAAUCGUUCAUUUGUUGAUCGGUUGCUUUUAAUAUUGAGUGAUGUUGAAUCUCGUCCAAGUGGAAAUGAUUCUUCUGUUUCGACCAGUCGGGCAGCCUCCCGUGAUGCUAGUGAGCCACCGGAGAAACGUGCCCGAAAUUCGCCUACCCCACCAAUCGAAGGUAGUGGCUCUUCGAAAUCGAAUGAUCUAGCUCAAAUGGCAAUGCUCUCUAUGAUGGGGGGACUGCCAUACUUGGGGUCAACAUCCUCGACCAAUCCUUUAUCAGGUUUCAUGCCUCAGGCUAUGCAAGAUUUCUUUAACAAUCAACUUUUGAGUCAACAGAUGGGUCAAUCACCAGCUAAGAGAGCUCGAACAAGAAUAUCAGAUGAUCAAUUGAAAAUUUUACGACAAUAUUUUGAUAUCAAUAAUAGUCCGACGGAAGCUCAAAUAAAGGAAAUGUCCAUCAAAGCUGGCUUACCUGAGAAAGUAAUUAAGCAUUGGUUCAGAAACACCCUGUUUAAGGAACGUCAACGGGACAAAGAUUCUCCAUAUAACUUCAGUGUUCCACCUCAGAUGGCCAUAGACUUAGAUGCUUAUGAAAAGACAGGAGAAGCUAAGAUUCUUCCAUUAUCAAAUCUGCAAAAAAUUGGUUUGAAAUCAGACUCAUCUGACGACGAGGGCAAGAAACCACCGUCUUCAAGUGUGGUGGCGGGAGUCUCACAGCUAUCAGGCUCAGGUUCAAGCUCGGGACCAAGCUCGGCUGCAUCAGGCGUGAACUCUACAUCUGGUUCACAAAUGCCUGAAAGUGCUACAGCAGCCGCUGCUGCUGCUGCCGCUGCGUUAGCAGCUCAAGCUGCCGCAGUGGCGCCUAGUGGCGCUGGAGCUAGCACCUCUUCUGGUGUUCCUCUCAAUCUUCAAGCUAUGAUGCAGCAAAUGCAACAAGCUGCAGCAGCCGCCGCCGCCGCAGGAACCAAUCCUUUUCAGUUUAUGGAACAACAAAUGCAUGGCCAAAUGUCAUCUUCUGCUCCAACUGGUCGUCGAGCGAACCGAACACGUUUCACAGAUUACCAGCUGCGAACACUCCAACAGUUUUUCGAUAAGCAGGCCUAUCCCAAAGACGACGAUCUCGAAGUCUUAAGUAAAAAAUUGCAACUUAGUCCAAGAGUGAUUGUAGUUUGGUUCCAAAAUGCUCGGCAGAAGGCUCGUAAGAUAUAUGAGAACCACCCAAACCACGAGAACAGUGAUCGUUUUGUUCGAACACCAGGAUGUAACUUUCAAUGUAAACGGUGCAACUUAGUCUUCCAACGUUAUUAUGAGCUCAUCCAGCAUCAGCAAAAGGCUUGUUACAAGGAUGAUGGAAUAGCUUUAGCCAAUGAUAACAAGGGAGUUGAAGAAACAUUAACGGAUGAUGAGAAAGCCCAACUUGUUCAACAAACGACAAUCUCAGCUUUAGCCGAAGCCACUAAGCCGUCUGAUAUUAUGAAACUGCUCGGUGGCUCAAAAUCUAGUACAGAAGCUUUGCUCAAGAUGUGUGAAUCAGCUAACCAGUCAAGUUUUGCCUCUUCUUCUACUCCUACUACCUCGUCUUCACCUCCUCCUGCCUCUUCAAAUUUUAAUAAACGCUGUCCAUAUUGUGCCUUAUUGUUCCGUAAUAAGAAUUCGAUGAUUGAGCAUAUCGGUAAUCGCCAUGCUCAACAGGUUCUCUUCCAACCUGUCGAUGUUGAUGAACUUCCUGAAGCAGAAGAUGUACCCCUCCUUUCCGGAAGCAAUAAUUCGUCUGAUGCAAAUGCAGAUUUUGCCUCCUCAGCUGCUCAAGACCGUGAAUCACUUUCCAUGUCUCCUUUUUUGAAUCAAAGUGACGGAGACGAAACAAAUGAUUAUAUAGAUGAUGCCAGUUUCACUACCUUUUUGUCUUCUGCAGCUGGAUCCCAUCCAGCUUCCUCUAGAUCACCUGCUAAUUGUAAACGUUAUAGAACACAUUUAACGCCUCUUCAAGUUCAUGUGAUGAAAUGUAUUUUUACCGAUUAUAAAACACCUUCCAUGACAGAAUGCGACACCCUCGGUCGCGAAAUUGGUUUACAUAAACGAGUUGUCCAAGUAUGGUUCCAAAACGCUCGAGCCAAGGAACGAAAAAGUCGUGCUUCGAAUGGAGAUGAUGACGUCUUCCGUAAUACUGCAAAAUCUUGCGAACUUUGCAAUGUAGAGUAUACGGGGAGAACAACGAUGCAAGACCAUUUGUUCAGUUCUACUCAUCUUGCUGUUAUCAAAGCCUCCUCAAAAAACGAAUUAGGACCUGAGAUAUCAAAUGAGAAUGGUGGUCAUUCAGGCUCUUCUGAGAAGAGCAUGAAGAAUAGCUCGUCAUUAUCCAAAGUUCCCAAGACUUCUCAAAUCUCCAACCUCCCACUCAACGGUUUUCCUUUAAGUCUCAUGAUUUCCGGUUCAACGUUGCCUUUAGUAUUUGAUCAAGCAAUUUUCGGUGUUCCUGUUAGUUUGCUACAAAUUCCUGAGAAUGUUAAAGAUCAGAUCAAGACUGAUAUGGGGGCUGGCUUGACAUCAACCACUUUCACCCAUGAUGGAGAAACAGUUGAUGGUCUUCGAGAAAGCAUAUCAUCCGAAGAUAGUAAAUGGCUAGUCAGUGAGGAUGUUGAGGUUGGCUGGGGAUGUCCAGCAUGCUCUAAUGUGUUCCAAAUGGAAUCACAGCUCAAAUCACAUCAACGCCAAUUUUGCCCGGGUUCAACCGUUUUCACGCUCAUUCAGACUCAUUAUAGCUGCUCAUUAUGUGAUCAAAAAUAUGGAAGUCAACGUGAAUAUCAAACCCAUAUUACAUCACUUGAACAUCAGACAAAGCGCAUCACAUCAAUGCCAGAGUUAAGCUUAUUCUCUUAA